AUGCCGACCUACUUUCGUCUCCCAGCAAUAAUCUACGAAGGUCCACAACCCCUAGCGGACAAGUCAAGUCAUAGUCUUCCGCCUCCCCACGUCUUAUCAUCGCUGGUCGAUACCUAUUUUACCCAUGUCCAGAACCAGCCAUAUUGUUUCUUCCACCCUGGAAGGUUUCGGCAACGACUGAGUGACGGUCUCCUACCCGAUUACCUUCUAUUUGCUGUCCUAGCUUCUGCAUUAAGGUUUUCAAACAAUAGUUACUAUAACGGCGCUUAUGCCGAGGCAACGACUAUGUAUGCGAGAGAAUCUUGGAAACAGAUAGUUAUGAGUUGGCUUGCGACUGAGAGCGAUCCAGAUAUUUGCCUAUGUCAAGCGAUAACAUUACUUUCGGUUAUCGAUUUUACAGGUAAUAACUCCUCUUGCGCAUCUGGCUGUGGCCGAUUCCUGCUAAACCUUCGUGAUCUAGCUGGCAGAAGACACCAAUCUUGGCUCAAAAUUGGACUCUCUAUUCGGAUUGCGCAAGAUCUCUGUCUCAUGAAUGAACCUAACCCUUCACUACCAUAUGAGGAUCAGGAAGAGCGACGCAGAGUGUUUUGGUCUAUUUACAUCCUCGAUAAGCUGUGCUCGUGUGGCAGAGCUAGACCCGCUGCUAGUACGUACUUUUCCGAGCAUUCUAUCUUUUAUCCUAAGGGACCCGUGUUCAUCUUUGUGAAGUAUCACCUCAUCCACUGUUUUACCUCCCUCACAAACAACCUGUUGACUUUUGCCAUUCUCGUAGUUGCCGAUGCUCAUUGCCGUGUCCAGCUUCCCUGCGACGAUGCUGCUUUCCAGGAUAGUGUCUAUAAGACAACAUCAACUCUGGACCGGACACUCUGCGCUGGAGACUCCUCCACAUACUAUCCGGAAGGAGGUUUGGCAUUAGUGGUCUUAGUAGCCUGUAUUUUGGGAAGAUCAGCACAGCACAGCAUCCACGAAAGCAGCAAUGGCGAGACUUGGCUGCCUCCAUGGGAUUCAAAAUCCGAAUUCGCAACAAUCUAUUCUGUUCUUCUCCAAUUGGAAGCACGAUUUGAGUUAGGAGGAAGUAUCAAUGAGGCUAUACAGAGGAACUCUCUGCCAGGAGGUGGACCUAACAUGCAGGUCGUGGGUUCACUCAUUUUUGCAAAGGCCAUUUUCCACACCAGCCAAUGUAUCCUGCAUCACCCAUUUCUUCUCUCACUCCAGCUGAAGAACAACGGAUUGAAAGCACCUGCUAGUUUCCUGAGUAGAGCCUUACAGACUUGCAGAGAACAUGCAUGUUCAAUGUCAGAGCUUGUCAGUGAUUCAAGCCGAGCAGGAUGCACAGCAUUCUACUCUUUCAUAGGCUAUUGUACAACUGUAGCCAGCGGCAUACACACAAUGUUUCUUAACAAUACCGAUGUUUACAUCCACCAAAAGGCAGUGGAAUGUAUAAAAUCUGACAAGGUCUUUCUCGGGAAAUUUUCUCGUUUUUGGGCCAACGGGAGGAUAAUGUCUCUGAUACUGCAAAAUUUGACUGCGCAAUCUAUAUCAUCAACAUCCUUAGUGACUAGCCCACCAAAUACAGCGAAUCUGGACCAGAAUACGACGGGCAAUUUAUGGGCUGCGGUUGAUUAUACCACAAUGUGCACCAAGAAACCUGCGCCGGAGCUGGAGCUGGAUUUGUUAUUUGGAGAGAGCGCUGUGAAUGGGCCGUCCAAUUCCAACCAUUACUUCUCGCCCCCCGUAGCGCUUCUGGACGAGCAAUCGCCUUAUGCAGAUCUGAUGUUUGACAGCACGUCCCCCAUAACAGCAUUCUUAAGGGGCUCGUCGAUGAAUUUUGGGGGAUAG